AUGGCUCCGUCAGCUGUGAGUGAAGCCGCUGGUACGCCGUCAGAGCUGCCAGACGAGGUUAACAAGCCGCCAGAGGGCGUUAUCUUGCCACCAAAGGAUAUCAAAGUUAUUGUCGAGAAGACCGCGGGUUUCGUUGCGCGUAACGGACAUGUUUUCGAAGACCGAGUGAGGGAGAAAGAGAAGAACAAUACCAAGUUCUGCUUUCUAAACCCGCAUGAUGCCUACGCCCCCUUUUACGCAUGGAGACUGAGCGAGAUCAAGGCCGGCAGAGGGACAGAUGUGUCUGCCGGGCGCGCUGGAGAGGCCGCGCCAGUCAAGAAGGAAGAGGAGACAAACGCCCCCAAGCCGCCGCCGGAGUUCCAGUUCUCAGCCCGGAUGCCCAAUAUAAACGCGCUGGAUUUGGAGGUAGUCAAGCUGACGGCAUUAUUUGUGGCUAAGAGAGGGAAAUCGUUCAUGACAUCUCUAUCCCAGCGCGAGACGAGAAACUUCCAGUUCGACUUUCUUCGGCCGCAGCACAGUUUAUAUCAGUUUUUCACGAGGCUAGUGGAUCAGUACCGAGAAUUGCUACAGGUUGAGGGCCGAGAGAGUGCCGUGACGGAGGAACAGCGUCGGGCAGACCUGCGGGAGAAUGUGAAGAACAAAUACAACGUUCUUGGGCGCGCAAAGCAACGAGCAGAAUGGGUGAAAUACCAGGAAAUGCAGAAGCUGCAAAAGGAGGAAGAAGAGGAGGAAGAGAAGGUGGCAUACGCGCAGAUCGACUGGCAUGACUUUGUGGUGGUUGAGACGGUGCUGUUCACAGAGGCAGACGACCAGACAGAGCUACCACCCCCAACAUCGCUGAACGACCUACAGACUGCGUCACUCGAGCAGAAGGCGAUGAUGUCCCUGCAGCCUCAUGACAGACGAAUAGAAGAAGCCAUGCCCACGGAAGAUGACUCGACGACAUACUACAACGCAACAACAGACACAGUACACCAACCUUCUCUCCCCAUCCUACAACCACAACGCCCUAUCUCCACCGGCCCUAUACAACCACCAGCACAGUCACCGUCGCCUUUCCCUUCAACAGCAGUCACUUCCGCCUCUCUCUCUCCCGCCCCGAUGCCAGCAACCGCAUCUCCCACCCCGUCCGCGGCAGCAAUACCAGAUCAGCUUCCAGCUCGAGACCGGAUGCGCGCAGCUCCAUCACCUUCACCUCUACCCGGCCAACCACCCAUGCGCAUUCGAUCAGACUACGUUCCUCGUGCGCAGGCCAAACAUCUCUCAAACGCCAACCAGCCUACAUCCAUAUGUCCCAAUUGCAGACAGCAAAUUCCCAUUGCAGAGAUGGAGCAGCACAUGCGCAUUGAACUACAGGAUCCACGCUGGAAGGAACAGCGCGCUAAAGCCGAGGCGCGGUUUGCCAGUACAAAUUUGUCUACCGCCGACGUAGCAAAUAACCUGAAACGCCUAGCCAGUCAGAGAAGCGACGUGUUUGACCCAGUGCUGUCCGGCGGCGCUGCGGCAUCAGGCCAAGCCGAAGCUGAAGACGAAGAAAUUAGACGGAAGAGAGUAGCUGUUGGCCCCAAUGGAGUGCCUGUGAAAUUGAGCGCACCUGUUCCGCAGCACCAACAGCAGUCAUACUCACAACCACACGCCCUGCCUGCACAUCCUCAGGCACACGCCCGUGCCCACGCCCACGCCCACUCCCACGCUCACUCUCAUGCCCAUACCCAUACCCAUGCACCAGGUACGGUACCGGGAAUGCCUCCCGGAGCACCAGGAACCAUGCCUCUAGCUCCAGGGGUAGGACCACCGGGCGUGGGCAUCCCUAGACCAAGCAGCAAGCCGCCCACGAUGCGCGAACUGCCUCAGCCACCUAUACAGAAGCCACCGCCUGUUCAAUCGCAGACACCCGAGGAGAAACCAGAUACACCACCGGUGAAUAUUAACGAGCAAAUAAGGAAGAUUCACGAGAAGAUGAAGCAGUGA